AUGAUUGCUGGACCCUCGACUACACUGCCUGAAUCCCUCUCACCAAGGGCUGACGAUCCCGAGCCCAUGCAGAUUGGCCGCACUCGCCUCUCUCCGGAGGAGAGGCAGAAACGCAUGGUUUCCCGGCUAUGUCUUUAUUGCGGGGCCCCGGGCCACUUUAUUGCCACCUGCCCGGAGCGUUUAAACCGGUGUGAACGUGAUCUUAUGGACACAGCAUUAGUCCACCAGCUGUCUCUAGAGACCGUGCAGUUGCCUGUUCCGCUCCGAGUUACAGCUAUUGACGGACAGUCACUCCCCCGAAUCACUCACCAGACUAAGCCGCUGCGUCUCAUUAUUUCCGGCUCUCCCACGCAACAAUCUGAACCCGCAGACUCACUAGAUCUGUCUACAAUUCCCUCCGAGUACCAUGACCUGGCGCCAGUUUUCAAGGGCGGGCAGAUAAGACCCACAGAGGAGAAGAUCAAAGCCGUGUUGGAUUGGCCCACCCCGGACUCGCGUAAACAGCUCCAACGGCUUUCUCCCUCGGAGCGAAACUAUGACGUGGGCGAUAGAGAACUGUUAGCCAUCAAGCUGGCCUUAGAGGAGUGGCGGCACUGGUUGGAGGUGGAGAUUUUGUCUGACCGAGGACCCCAGUUUACAGGUAUGGAAAGGUUCUGUUCGGGCGCUAAUGCCAGAGUAGCUCUGACAUCAGGGUUCCACCCACAGACCAAUGGCCAGACUGAGCGAAUGAAUCAGGAACUGGAAUCCUCUCUCCGUUGCCUCACAUCCACCAACCCUGCUGACUGGAGCAUUUUUCUCCCAUGGGUGGAGUAUGCUCAUAAUUGUCAUGUUUCCACAGCCACAGGUCGGUCCCCCUUCGAAGCCUCUAUAGGGUAUCAGCCACCGCUGUUUGCGACUGAAGAGGACGACAUUGCGGUUACAUCUGUGCAACACCACAUCCGUCGUUGUCACAAGAUCUGGAGGGAGACGGUUCACGCACUCAACCGCACAGCUGCCCAAAACAAAAGGCUGGCCGACCGCAGGAGGAUCCCCGCUCCUGAUUACACCCCGGGCCAGAAGAUAAAACCCGUCCAAACCAGCACGCUGUGCCCUCCUUCCGAGCCCCCUCCUCCCGCCCGAGACAUAGAUGGUCAUCCAGCUUAUUCUGUCCGCCGGAUCGUGGACUCCCGUCGGCGAGGUCGUGGGUGGCAGUACCUCGUCGACUGGGAGGGCUACGGUCCGGAGGAUCGUUCUUGGGUUCCUGGCUCUUUCAUUUUGGACCCAUCCCUUAUAAGGGACUACCGUGGUUCGCUUCAGUCCAGCUCAUCUAGGCCGCCAGGUGGCGACCAUUAAGGGGGGGGUACUGUUAGGUACUGGGGUUUUUGGUUUCUUUUUAGUUGUGGGUUGGGUUCCUUUUCUUUGUGUCAACCGCUAGAGGGUGCCAGAAGCUGCCGUCCCGGAGGGGU